AUGGCACUAGUAUCUGGCCCUGGUAGAGCUGGAGGCCCCGCAGACACCGAACUUCAUACUUCGAAGCAUGUGACUUACAUUAAGAACCUGGACACAAGGAAAGAUGAACUAGAAUAUUGGCUGACCGAACACCUUCGAUUGAAUGGUGUUUACUGGGGUUUAACAGCCCUGCAUAUCCUGGGUCACCCAGAUACACUGCCGCGAGACGAGACCAUCAACUUCGUUCUCUCCUGCCAAAGUGAUAAUGGUGGCUUCGGUGCUGCUCCCGGCCAUGAUGCUCACAUGCUUUACACCGUCUCGGCGGUUCAAAUCUUGGUCACUAUCGAUGCUGUCGAUGAACUUGAGAAGCAAGGCCGAGGUGGCAAGGAGAAAGUUGGGUCUUUCAUUGCAAGCCUUCAGAACGCAGAUGGUUCUUUCAUGGGAGACCAGUGGGGUGAAACUGAUACCCGAUUCUUAUAUGGUGCCCUCAAUGCGCUGUCGUUGUUGCGUUUGAUGGACUUGGUUGAUGUACCCAAGGCCGUCACUCACGUCCAAAGCUGUGAAAAUCUAGAUGGUGCUUAUGGUAUCCGCCCUGGUGCUGAGUCCCAUGCUGGCCAGGUGUUUACCUGUAUUGGUGCAUUAGCCAUUGCUGGUCGCAUGGAUCUCGUGAACAAGGAUCGCCUUGGAGCUUGGCUCAGUGAACGUCAGAUAGAAAGUGGUGGCUUUAAUGGCCGACCAGAAAAGCUCGCUGAUGCGUGUUAUACCUGGUGGGUGGGAUCUAGUCUUGCUAUGAUUGAUCGCCUCCAUUGGAUCGAUGGGAAGAAGCUUGCAGCUUUUGUCCUACAAUGCCAGGAUCCUGAUUCUGGUGGCUUUGCAGACCGCCCCGGCAAUAUGGUUGAUGUCUAUCACACUCAUUUCAGCCUUGCAGGGUUGAGUUUAUUAAAGUUUGAUGGUCUGGAAGAGAUCGAUCCUGUUUAUUGUAUGCCCAAGUCAAUUACAACCAAAUGCCUUGCAGGAUGA